CAAGUUGUGUACGAUCUGCGGUCUUUGUGUUUAUCAUCCGGGUGAAUCUACAAUGCAUAGGUUUUUCCCUUGAUGGUUCCAGAUAAAUUAUUAAUCAUCUGGUUACAGACACCUCAGUAUUGUACAUUAAUUUUUCGUAAAUUCUGAGAUCGGACUCGAAAAAUGGUGAGAUUUAACGAAAUAUGUCUAUAGAGAUCGCCGGCACGUCAUUCGAAGAAAGCUUCGAAGAAUUGAAAAAUCGCCUUCAGCCACUCUUUGAUGCAGAACCACUCAAGGUUCAGACAGAUUCUUGCUUGAGACGAUUUCUGCGAGGAUUUGACGAUGUGGAUGAAGCGUAUACCGCCUUGAUAAAGUACAUAAACUGGAGAGAAGAAUAUGGUGUAAACUGUUUAAGCAGAGGAGAUGAUGAUAUUGAAGAACAAAUUGCUUUGAAUAAGGCUGAAGUGUUAGAAUCUCCAGAUCAUAGAGGAAGGCCUAUCAUUCUUGUGACAGUAAGGAAUCAUGAUGCAAGAACCAGAGAUCUAAAUGUCAUCACGAAGUUCAUCAUUUACAUUUUGGAGGAAGCAACAAGAAGAUGCGAUGAAGAUGUAAUUGACAACCUAUGCAUCACUUUUGAUUUAAAGGGUUUCACAUUUAGCAACAUGGACUAUGGAUUUGUAAAGCAGCUCAUUUGGCUUUUGUCCAGGCGAUAUCCUGAAAGACUUGGAAAGUGUUUGAUUGUAAAUUCACCGUUUAUUUUCACUGGAUGUUGGGCUCUCAUAAGACUGUGGUUACAUGAGGUGACAUCUAACAAGAUUGUUUUUAUCAAGAAUGAAGAACACCUCGCAGAAUUCAUACCUCUUCAUGCUCUUCCAAAAUCCCUUUUUUGAAAUAGUUUGUCUGAAUUUUUAGUUUUUUGUUCUCUCACUCUUUUGAGGUAGCAGUCUGCCUUAUUACCUCUAAGAUCUAAUUUCUAGCCAACACAUUGUUUUCAUGUUUGUUAUUAAUGUCUUAAGAUGCUAUAAGUACAGCUUUUGUUAUUUAUGUUAAAGAUAAAUUUAGAUAUUUAAAGAAGUGUUACCCAUGCAUAAAAUCAAUUGUUAGCUAAUGUUAAACUUGUGUAAGAAUGGCUUGUAACUCAUAUCAGGAAUUAUUCUUCCUAAAAAGUGCAACAAUUUUGAUAUAUAAUAGUAAACAUCUUUCUGCUUUGCUAACGAGGUUAGAAUUUUGAUUUAUGAUCUUACCUUAUUUGAUGAUUGAAAUGGAAAUUUGUGUAGUAUUCCAAAAUUUACACAUACAAUCCAAACACAACUACAACAGUCAUUUCCACAAUUACAAUUGCAGUUAUUUUGACAUGUUCAGUUUAUGUUAGCUGAAAUAUUCUAAUUGUCUCAUUCUACAUGAGUAAGUUGUAAUCACAAGCCUGCAAUUAACUUCUUCCUUCUGCGAAGAACAAAGUGCUGUCAAAUUAGGCAACAUUUUAGUACAUACUUGGCAAAACUGAUGUAAGAAGUAAUUUAGCUCUUCUUACAAAGUCAAUUCAGAAUUUUCACUUCUCUCAAAAUUGGAACUAAUAUUGAGACAUAUUCUCAACUACUGGCACCAGAACUGUUGACUUUUUUUCUGUAAUUUUAACUUUUUAUGAUUUUUCUUGAGUCUCUGGUUUUGGGUUACAUUUAAAAAGAUGUCAGUAAAGAAAGCUCUAUACAAAAAGUGUCUAGAGUGAAAUGAUCAUAGGAUUCAGAAAGUGGGAUGACCUUUCGUAGCUUGGCCACCGUGGAGCAGUGGGUGUUGUAAUAUUUAAGUGAAGGUAUUACCACUGCUUCAUACCCUACAUCAUUAAAAAUUGUUUUUUUUAAAGAGACUGUUUGGCUGUACUGAGUUUGCCAUAAUAAGAAAUGCAACAAAGGAAUGCAGUGAUGUAAUUUUAUUUUAUUGCUACUAUUUCAUAACUGAGUACAUUACACCUAAUUAAUUAAUACCUUCAGAGGGUUUCAACAUAGUAGCGAGAAUGAAGAAUGACACAAAAUAAAAUUUUCAUCUGGUGCUGGAAUACUUAAUAUUUGCUAAUUUAAUUCUAUAUUUUAGUCCUUUACCACCCAUUAUGAUAGCUGAAGGUGCACCCGGAAUAAAGCCUCUAGUAACCUUUGAUGAAACAUUGACUUCUCCCCUGUUCCACUGAGGAAUGUGGGGUGAAUGUAAGUCAUUCUGGGCUUUUUCCCAGGUAUGCCUUAAAUUGUGACAAUUUGAAUGCCAAAUUAAAUUGCAAUUUAAUAUUUUGUUCCCCAUUUAAGGGUUAGAGAUACCACUUGUAGCCAGUAUGCUGUCCAUUUAACACUCCAUUUUGCAAGGAAUGCUCUCUUAAAACUCAGUCUUUAUACCUCCUCAAAUUAAGAUGCCACUGUAACAUAUGUCAAAAGUAAAUUCAUAUCUUUCUUAUUUGAGUCAUACAUUUAGCAUCAUAUAUUUGCAUAUGGAGUACGUUUGUAGAUAUUAUGUUGUGAUCGGAUUAUCCGUGUUUGAUGUUGUUAAUGAUUUUUUUUUUUGGUGAUGUGAUCAUUAGAAUUAGUUCAUAAAAAUAUUGUCAUUUUGCAGUUUAAUAUAUUAAGCCAGAGAGUAAGCUCACAUCGGUGCUGCAGCACAACUGGUAAAGUUGCCAGAGAGCAGUAAGGUGGCAAAGCAAGGCGGAGAGGAGUCACAACUUCACCAAUUGGACCACAGCAUUUCAAAUAAAACCUGCAUGCAGGCUACAAAACAUUGCAUAUAAUAAAAACAGAAAUAAA